AUGUCCUCAGGAUCCUCGCUAACCGCGCAGCUACAUGCCGCCCUAAAAUCCCGCGACGAGCGUAACAUCCGGCGCACACUUCCAAACCCGUCCCCAUCCCGCGUCCCUAACCUCGUCGACUUCUCCUCGAACGACUACCUUUCUCUCAGCAUUCACCCUCCCCUGCGAGCGCGCUUCCUCGACAAGCUCCAAAAUGCACCCCAAAUCCUUGGGUCAGGCGGCUCGCGCCUGCUCGUGAACGGGCAGGCACACACUGCCCUCGAAAGCCGCCUGGAGCGGUUCUUCAACGCGCCCAGUGCGCUCCUGUUCAACUCAGGCUUCGACGCGAACGUCGGGUUCUUCUCCACCGUCCCGCAGCACGGGGAUGCGGUGGUUACGGAUGAAGCGAUCCACGCGUCGGUGCACGACGGGAUCCGUGCCUCACGCGUCGGGAAAAGCGGGCAUCGUACAUUCUCUCACAACGAUCUACCAUCUCUAGAGACUCUGCUACAACAACUCCUGGCGGAUAACCUGACUCUCAAGGAUGGGCGGAAUAGCGUGUUCGUCGCGGUGGAGAGCCUAUACAGCAUGGACGGCACAUUCGCGCCUCUACCAGAUAUCGUAAGGUUAUUGGAGAGCUUGUUCCCAGCGCGGAACGCGUACCUCGUUGUAGACGAGGCGCACGCGACGGGUAUCUAUGGACCGCAAGGGCGCGGGCUGGUCGCGCACUACGGACUCGAGGACAGGGUCCUCGCCAGGCUGCACACGUUCGGGAAGGCGUUGGCGGGCACGGGCGCUGUGAUCCUAACGACGCCGUUGAUACGUGAUUACUUGCUCAACUACGCGCGCACGCUGAUAUACACCACUGCGCUCAGCUACCCGAAUAUCAUCGCCGUCGAGUGCGCCUUCGACAUGCUCGAGAACCGCGAAGCGGAAAAGCUCGCAACCCACCUCCUACACCUCUCCACGUUAUUCACCGCCCUCCUCCGCCCACGCCUCGCCUGCAUCCCAGCACACAUCCUCUCCCUCCCGGCCUCCCUGUUCUCUCCCCCCUUGCCUUCGCCCAUAAUCCCGCUGAUGACCUCUCGCCCGCGCCCGCUCUCCGCGUACCUCCUGCAACAAGGUAUGAAUGCGCGCCCGAUAACGUGGCCGACGGUGCCGAAGGACGCGGACCGCGUGCGCGUGUGUUUGCGCGCCGGGAUGGGGG